CUACCUCCUCAACCAGCCUGCCGCCAUUAAACCUCCUGCAGCCCUCUCGCUCCCCCCUCGUAUAAAAUCCCCCGCGCUCCCCGCUGCGAAUUCCAACAUCAGAGAACUUAACAGUGCCUGGCUCACUCUCAGCUCUCACUGGUUUUUGGACUUUGGACGACGUAGGCAUAUACCGGCCGGCCAUGGACAGCAGGGAGCUGCUGAGGACGGUGAAGCAGGCGUCCAGGAACCACGCCAGGCUCCUCUACCACAGCCUCCUUUCCCGUCUUCCUCACAUCCUCUUCGUCACUCUCCUCCUCGUGGUGGCGCCGCCGCUGGCAUCGACUCUCUCCUUGGACGCGCUCUGGCAAGAGGCGCGCGCCAACGCGGCCGCGCUAGUGGCCGCGUCCGCGGUGCUCGCCGCGGCCACGCACGCCUACGCCGCGUCCAGGCCGCGGCCCGUGUACCUCCUCGACCUGGCGGGCUACAAGCCCGGCCCGGCCCACGAGCUCACCCGCUCCCAGGCCCUGAAGCAGUUCGGGCUCGCCGGCGGGUUCGACGACGAGAGCAUGGCGUUCCAGAAGCGGAUGAUGGAGCGGUCCGGGCUAGGAGAAGCCACGCACUUCCCGGCGUCGCUGCUCAGCGUGCCCGUCGACAUGUGCCUCCGCACGGCGAGGGAGGAGUCCGAGGCCGUGGUGUUCGGCGUCGUGGAUGGCUUGCUCGCCAGGACGCCCCGGGUGCGUCCUGCCGACAUCGGCAUCGUCAUCGUGAACUCCAGCCUCUACAGCCCUACCCCGUCCUUCGCGUCGCUGGUCGUGAACCGGUAUGGGCUGCGGCAUGAUGUGGUGAGCCAUAACCUCAGUGGCAUGGGCUGCAGCGCCGGGAUCAUCGCCAUUGACCUCGCCAAGCACCUCCUUCAGGUGCACAGGGACACGUACGCGCUGGUGGUGAGCACGGAGAACAUCACCCUGAACGCCUACCUGGGCAACAACCGCCCCAUGCUCGUCACCAACACGCUCUUCCGGGUCGGCGGCGCCGCCGUGCUGCUCACCAACCGCCGGUCCGACCGCGCCCUCGCAAAGUACCAGCUGAUCCACACCGUCCGCACCCACCGCGGCGGGGCCAGCGACCGGAGCUACGGCUGCGUGACGCAGGAGGAAGACGACACGGGGCGGCACGUCGGCGUCUCGCUCUCCAAGGAGCUCAUGUCGGUCGCCGGCGACGCGCUGCGCACCAACAUCACCACCCUGGGCCCGCUCGUGCUGCCGCUCUCCGAGCAGCUCCGGUUCCUGGCCACCGUGGUUCUCACGCGCGUCUUCGGCGUCCCCCGCGCCGGCAUGGGCGGCAAGCCGGCGCGGGUGCCGGACUUCGCCAUGGCGCUCGACCACUUCUGCAUCCAUGCCGGGGGGAGAGGCGUGCUGGACGAGCUGGAGCGGAGCCUGAGGCUCAGCGCGUGGCACAUGGAGCCGUCCAGGAUGACGCUCUACCGGUUCGGCAAUACGUCGAGCAGCUCGCUGUGGUACGAGCUGGCAUACUGCGAGGCCAAGGGGAGGAUCAAGAAAGGGGACCGGGUGUGGCAGAUCGCCUUCGGUUCCGGGUUCAAGUGCAACAGCGCCGUCUGGAAGGCGCUCAGGACCGUCGACGCCGAGGAGGUCCGCGGGAGCAGCCCCUGGGCGCAGGAUCUCCACCGGCUCCCCGUGCAUGUGCCCAAGGUCGGGCCCAUCGACGACGACGAAGACGAAGACGGCACGUCCUGCAAAGUACCGAAACCUCAGGGCAACGGCUAUUAGUUUCUGGAUUCUGCUCUAUGAUAUAUAGCCAUUUCAAUUUCUUCUGAUACCACUACGUAUUGCCGUGUAAAUCUGAAUGUACCGGAGGAUUGAUUAAUACUCCCUCCGUUUGGUCGACCAAGCCUUUGACCAGAAAUUACUUUAGGAAGAUGUGACUAAUGUGAUCAAAAUCAUAACCAUAAGCAAAUAUCCUUGAGUAAUAAUAUAACAGAUAUGAAUUUAUGUCA